UCUCAAAGGACAUAGACAGUUUUUUCUCAAUUAAGGCAGCUAUAUGGCUGUAGUAGACCAGGAUGUGGCUGAAAAGUUUCUGGACAGUAAUCCUGCCUUUGCCAAGCAAUACUAUGAUUCCCACUUCAGAGCCCAGAUUGUGUCACACCUGCUGGCCACAUCAAAGAAGAGUGAAGUGGACAUCAGCCAGUACCACGAGCUGAGCUCUUUGGAGGAGAGUGAGUUUGUGUUUGACAUGGUGCGAGACCUUCAGGACCACCUACAGAUGGAGAGGGCUCUGUUCAACCUCAUGCGCCAUCUGAGCUUCAUCAUACGUGCUGACCGCAUGAGCCUGUUCAUGUACCGGCAGAGGAAUGGCACAGCUGAGCUGGCCACUCGCCUCUUCAACGUCCACAAAAAUGCCACAAUGGAGGAGUGCCUGGUCCAACCAGACAGUGAGAUUGUGUAUCCACUGGACAUGGGUAUAGUGGGUCAUGUUGCCACCGUCAAGAAGACAGUUAAUGUACCAGAUGUGAAACAGUGCACUCACUUCAGUGACUUUGUGGACACACUGACAGAGUAUGAGACUAAGAACGUACUGGCGACUCCCAUCAUGAACGGGAAGGACAUGGUGGCUGUCUUAAUGGCGGUGAACAAGAUUGGUGGCUCCUGUUUCACCACACAGGAUGAAGAGGCGCUGAACAAAUAUUUGAACUUUGCCAAUCUGGUUCUCCGAGUGUUUCACCUGAGCUACCUGCACAACUGUGAAACCAGAAGAGGACAGGUUUUGCUCUGGUCUGCCAGUAAAGUGUUUGAGGAGCUGACGGAUAUUGAGAGGCAGUUCCACAAAGCCCUGUACACAGUUCGAGCCUUUCUCAACUGCGACCGCUACUCCGUGGGCCUUUUGGAUAUGACCAAGACAAAAGAGUUUUUUGACCUUUGGCCUGUUCUGAUGGGUGAGGUGCCUCCGUAUUCAGGACCAAAGACUCCUGAUGGCAGAGAAAUCAUUUUUUACAAAGUGAUUGAUUAUAUAUUACAUGGAAAGGAGGACAUUAAAGUAAUACCGAAUCCCACUGCUGAUCACUGGGCUCUGGUCAGUGGACUGCCCACCUACGUGGCCGAGAAUGGUCUGAUCUGUAACAUCAUGAAUGCUGCCGAUGAUGACUUCUUCAACUUUCAAAAAGAGCCUUUGGAUGAAUCAGGCUGGACUGUAAAGAAUGUCUUGUCUCUACCCAUCGUCAACAAGAAAGAGGAAAUAGUUGGUGUGGCAACAUUUUAUAACAGGAAAGAUGGAAAGCCGUUCGAUGAAAUGGACGAAACACUAAUGGAGUCCUUAACUCAGUUCCUGGGCUGGUCAGUGCUCAACACAGACACGUAUGAUAAAAUGAACAAGCUAGAGAAUCGCAAAGACAUCUUUCAGGACAUGGUUCUUUACCAUGUCAAGUGCAGAAAGGAUGAGAUUCAGAACAUCUUGAAUACACAGGAGUUGUAUAAGAAAGAACCAAAUGAAUGUGACGAAGAUGAACUGGAAGAGAUUCUGGCAGAAACUCUACUAAACCCAGCAGAAUCAGAGAUCUUCGAGUUUCAUUUCUGUGACUUUGAGUUUUCUGAGCUGGACCUGGUUAAGUGUGGUAUAUCAAUGUACUAUGAGCUGGGAGUGGUGGACAAGUUUCAUAUACCUCGUGAGGUGCUGGUGAGAUUUGUGUACUCCGUCAGUAAAGGCUAUAGAAGGAUUACCUACCACAACUGGAGACACGGCUUCAAUGUGGGCCAGACAAUGUUCACACUUCUCAUGACUGGUGACCUGAAGCGUUACUACACAGACUUGGAGGCUAUGGCUAUGGUCACAGCCGGCUUAUGCCACGAUAUCGAUCACCGUGGGACAAACAACCUCUACCAAAUAAAAUCUGCGAACCCGCUGGCAAAGCUGCACGGUUCUUCCAUUCUUGAGAGGCACCAUCUGGAGUUUGGUAAAACCCUGCUGAGAGAUGAAGCUUUGAAUAUCUACCAGAAUCUUAAUCGACGGCAGCACGACAUUGUCAUCCAUUUGAUGGAUGUAGCUAUUAUUGCCACAGAUUUGGCUUUGUAUUUCAAGAAAAGAACCAUGUUCCAAAAAAUUGUGGAUCAAUCCAAAACCUAUGAGAACUGGAACGACUGGACCAAGUACAUGAUGCUGGAGACGACCAGGAAAGAAAUCGUGAUGGCAAUGAUGAUGACUGCCUGUGAUUUAUCUGCUAUUGCCAAGCCCUGGGAGAUCCAAAGCAAGGUGGCACUGUCUGUGGCUGCGGAGUUCUGGGAGCAGGGUGACUUGGAGAGGACUGUUCUUGAGCAGCAACCUAUUCCCAUGAUGGACAGAAACAAAGCAGAUGAUCUACCCAAGCUGCAAUGUGGUUUCAUUGAUUUUGUCUGCUCCUUUGUGUACAAGGAGUUCUCUCGCUUCCAUGUGCAGAUCACACCCAUGCUAGAUAGGCUAUUGAACAACAGGAAGGAGUGGAACGCGCUUAAAGAAAUACAUGAGGCUAAACUUGCUAAGAUUGAAGAAGCCAAGAAAGCUAAGGAAGAGGCUGAAGCUGCUGCAGCAGCUGCCAAACAGGCAAUCGCAGCCCAAGCCUCCCAGUCCAAGACCUGUGUCCUCAGCUGAGUUUUCAACUCUUCAGAAGAGAAAGUUUCCAAAAACAUAUAUACAUUUUGUUUUCCACUUAGAUUUAACAUUGAAGAGUGUAUGGGAUUAGUGGCAUCAAAACAACAGUGAUGUAGCCAGAGAUGAGUACAUAAUAACAAAAUAAAAUCACUGUGUGAUCUGUACAGUCUGUAAAUUGCCUAUUUGAUUCCCUUUUUCUCACUA